AGCAACGCGAUAGCCAUCGCGCGUGCAACUAUGCGUCUAAUUUGGAUUUUGGCCGCAAAGAGGAGAUGCCUCGCGAAAAGAGGGCUACUAUGCCAGACCCCGGUUGUACGAAGGAACGUGCACGUACGUAUGUAUAGAUAUAUAACGAAGGGUUCGGCCUUCGGAAAGUUUAGUGAAACGUCCGGAAUGAGCGGAGCACGAAGUUCGCGGAUUUCGGGGACUACAGAUUUCAGUAUAGCUCGUAUAUUGGCGAUAAGUGAUCAUACCGAGCGCGCGACAGUGGGCGCGGGAACUUUCAAUUCAAUUGUAAAUCUUCAGGAAGUUGAUCGCGAAGAGGAUCUCCAGCAGGAUGCGCGACAGAAACGACAGAGACUUCCUGCAGGACUCGUGGUCGAAUACGAUCAUCGCAAUCGAGAAAUAAACGAGGAAAGCGUGCCAAGAUACGAGGAAAAGAAACGAGAAGAACAUAUCGAUAGUUGCGCUACUCUCUCAAGCGCAGAAACGUGUUCGAACACUUCCAACAACGAAAUAAGCCAACGAAAUAACGACCGCGUACAGAGAACCGAUCUAACGUGGCUCCAGUACACCCGCUAUAGACCGCCGAAGCUACCUAGAAAGUCUUUUGUUGAAAAGCGUAGGAAGCGACGAGCGGGCGAUCAUCCUCGCAUCCCGUUCUCUUCGUCCCAACUUCAAGUGUUGGAGGAUAGGUACAGGAAAGGAGCUUAUCUAUCCAGAAACGACGUUAUCGAGAUGUCCGCAACGUUGAGGCUGCCGCAGAGCAAAGUCAAAAUUUGGUUUCAAAAUCGCCGGGCAAGGCAACGACGCGAAUCAUUGAACUCCACCGUAACGACGUGAUAAUGCAUUAUAUAUUUUAUUUUUAAAUCUCUAUCCAGAUUUUAUUGCUGGUCAACAGGAACUGAAUUGGAAUUAU